CCGUGUCGCUUUUUAAAUUUAGUAAACCAUCCAUCGCUUGCUCGGAAUGCAUUUUUAUUCUUCACCAAAAAUUUGUUUAGCUUUUUCCUUUAAUAUUGUUGCUGUCAAUGUACACUUCCUUUCACCAAGAAUGGGAAUUCCCCUGUGUUAAAAAUGAAAAAAAAUUCUCAGAAAUUAGGAAAAUAAGGCAAAACAAAAACUAAAAUAUAACUUGGGAUUCCCCUUUCUAUUUUACAUUUGUUCAGUAAAAUAAAAAUCAAGAAUGGGAAUUCCCUUGUGUUAAAAAUGAAAAAAAAGCUCUCAGAAAUUAGAACCUCAAGUUCUAAUUUCAGAGCGGUCAAUGCAAACAAAAAAAUGGUUGUGUUUAAAAUAAAAAAAAAAAUGCUCAGAAAUUAGAACUUCAAGUUCUAAUUUCAGGGCGUCCAAUGCAUUAAAAACUCUGGUUCUAAUUUCUGGAUGUUCUAAUUUCUGAGAGUUCUAAUUUCUGAGCGUCUACUGUAAUCUCUCAAAAUCCCAUAAAUAUGGAAUAAAAAUUUAUAAAAUGUGUUCCACUAAUUCAUACACAUGGUCUUACCUGGAACUGUUGUGGUGCAGCUAUGCUACCCACUUUUAAAUGAGGGCAGACUGAUUGUGGCAGAUAACUACUAUACCAGAAUAGGUCUUGCAAAAUAUCUCAAAGAUAGAAAAACGGAUCUAUGUGGGACUUUGCGCAAAAAUAAAAGGGGUCUUCCUGAAGCAGUCACCAAGCAAAGGCUUUAACGUGGAGAUGUUGUGGCAAGGCAGAUGGAUAGCUUUGCAACUGUUUUGAAGUGGCAUGAUAAGCGCGGUGUAUUGAUGAUAUCAACGUGCCAUGACGAUGGAAUGACUAAUACUUCUUCAUGGAGAGGAAAUUCGUUAAAACCCAAUGUGGUUAUUGAUUAUAAUAACACUAAAAAUAGGAUUGACGUCGCAGAUCAGAUGAGUAGCUAUUACUCACCACUUGCGAAAAGUCUAACAUGGUAUAAGAAAAUUGCAAUAGAUUUGCUUCUUCAAGCAUCACUCGUUAACUCCAGAGUUAUUUUCAAUGGGGUAACUGGUUCAAACGUUACUAUUCUGGAAAUACAAGAGGUUAUGAUUCGUCACUGGCUUGGAGAAGUAGCAGGCAAAAAACAAAAAUCGAAGCCAUUAAACUUCCCACCAUCUACUAAACAUAGCCUCACUGAAAUACCUCGCAGAAAUGCUAAGCUUAUCCGACGUCGCUGUGUGAGUUGCUAUGCCAAAAGCAAAGAGGAAGGAAAUCCUACAAAGGCUAGACAGAUAAAUACAGAGUGCCUCGAAUGCGGAAGAGGUUACUGUUUACCAUGCUACAAUGAGUAUCACUCUAAACAUGAGAGAAAAACCAGUAAAUGACUUUGUUAAUUUUUUUGCUUCAAUUGCAAUUUUUUAAUUUAUUUGCGUCCUUUAUUUCCACUAUUUUUACUAUCAUAAUAGGCAUAAACAUGAAUUCAUAAAAAAAAAUAAAAAUUAAUAAAAAUCUAAAAAAAAAAUCACCCUGUUUUUUUUCUUUUUUUACAAACAACACAUUAUGCUCAGUAAGUCCACGCAAUAAAAUUUCAAUUUCUUCAUCUGCGUCUUUUAUUAAACUUAUUUCAAAUCAACCAAAAAAUUUGUUCAUAUACAUAUGAUACAUGGACGCUGUACACAUGGUACAAGAAAAUAAUUUUGUAUCACAUGUGAUACAUUGGACAGGGAACCUGUUAAAUAUAUAACUAUAAACCCUAAAAAUUUCGCUUUAAUCAAUUAUUUCUUUCCCUCCAAAAAAAAAAUUAAUUUUUUCACCCUCUUCUCCUUAAAUAUCCGCAUUUUUUUUUUCAAAACUCAAUAAUUAAGACAUUUCGUGUUUUAUUCUUAUAUUUUCUCCUAUAGAAAUAAAGAUAAAUUAAUUCGUAACAAUAAAAUAACAUGAAGUUAAGAAACUUACAUUUCACAUCUGUGUGCGAAUAUCUUCUUGCUUUGUUUCUGACAGCAAAACCGAUAAAAUUGGUUUCCGUGACACCCAAAACCGAUAAAAAUUCUGUUUCGAAUAUCAGACCAAUAAUGUCUGAAUUCAUGACACCUACUGCUUUUUUGAUCGGUUUCAAUUCGGAUUCCGACAACUAUCAGAUUCCACAACACCCCUGAUAAAGAUUUUCGAACUACGGGGUGACGUUGUACCGUAUACUAACUUGUAUAUCGGCCAUUAUGUGAUUUAUCCCAAUCAAAAUAAGAGAACCUGAUUUAUUCAUAACAGUGUAUCUUUGUGCCUAAAAUAGAUAAAUUUGGCGAAAACUUGGCCUAGCUAUGGGGGCUACUACAAGUAUUAUCAGGAUUUUCGAACAUCCGGCUGACUUUACUCUAUAUGAUUAGUUUUACCCCUUAAAUCAAGAGUAUAAAAUGUUCGGUUGCACUCGAACUUAGCCCUCCUUACUUGUUUCAUUUCCGUUUUUGUAUGAAAUGCCCGCAAAUAGUGUAAAUCUCUACCAGUUCUUUUACCUGGCCAAAUUGUUGCUCAUAUUAAAGUCUUUUAAUAAGUGUUUAUAUAGGACUCAGUAAACAGAGUAUCCAUGCUAAGGGUUCUUAAUGUGUACGAGAAAUCACUUAUAUAAUUAUAGUAUAAUAACAAUUACGACUGUUAAAUAAAAUUUUUACUUUAUUAUACAUUUUUUUCUUGCUGAGAAGGAUUUAACUAUUUUAAAGCAUUAUUUUUCCUGAGUACAUAUAUUUUAAUUUUGUUGUAGCUACAGUUGUUAAAGUAACGCUGCACGGACUGAAUUUAUUGCAUGUGGGAAUAAGAAAGAUUAUAAAAGUUUUAUCAGUUUGAAAUUAAUGAUGUUUGGUGAUUAAAACAAGUUCCUUUAAAUUGCAAUUAAAUCAACUAGAAUUAAAUGUAUAAUCAAUUGACUAAUCGAUUAAAAAAAUAAUUUAUAGUAGUCUACCAAUCCUAACACCGAAGAAAAUUAUUUCAUUUUAAGGCAGCUUUCCCUUGAACGUAUUCAAAUAUUCAAAACAUAUUUAUAUUUUGCAAUUACCUGAUUGAUGAUAAAGUUUUUUAUUGCAUCGAUCUGUGAACAAAAUUAAUAUUCAUGCACGCAUAGAGAUCUCCGUUAGCGAUGUUUACUUGUACAUUUUAAACAUUCAGAUCAUACACGGUCUGAAUGGGAGAUCUAAAGCCACCAGUAUGUAUGGAUGUAUUACAUAUAUUAUAAUAGCAUAAUAUGCAUAUAUCAUAAAAUAAAAACAAUACAAAAGAAGACGGCUGAUUUUAUAUUAUGUAUGGAAUUACUUUUAAAAAAUUUUAUUUUUGGUCUCUGUUAUCUACUGUUAAAUAAAAUAAAUUAAAAAUGCUUACAGAAUUUAGGGAAAAUUUACCUAAUCCUCAGUAGUAAUAAUAAUAAGUAGGUUCUUUGUUUUCUUUCACGUACAUAGAGACAUAUGUAUAUAUACAUUCUUAUUUCAAUACAAUACGUUAAUAUCAAUACUUUUAUAAAAUAAAUCAAAAAUGCUUACAGCAUUUAGGGACAAUUUAUCUAAUCCUCAUAGAAAUUGCAUCCAUGAAAUUUUGAGUAUACUUAUCUGCCACGACAAUGAUUUGAGACGCAUAAAAACGGAAUUACAUAAUCUUCAAGAUGAAUUUAAAGAGUGUGUGGAUAAAAUAAAUUUUGGGUUUCCGGGAGAAAACAAAAAGAAAUGUGAAGAAUCUGAGAAAAUUAUACUUUUAACUCGGAAAAUUACCACGAUGCACGAUGUAAACGAAUGUUUUUCAAAGAAAAUCGAAGCACUUAAGAAACACGGUGAAGAAAUUGUUAGUAAUGCACGACAAUGCAUUGCAGAUUUAAAUGCCGAAAAAUGCAAAUUCAGGCAGUUUCAUGAAAAAAGCAUCGAUUACUUAAAACGAUAUGCCAUACAAUCGGAUGAUACAACUGUCAUAAAUAAUUGUGAAAGGGAUAUUUGCGAAAUGCAUAAACUUUUUGUCAAAGAAGUUUCUUUGAUAAAGAAAUGUGAAACAGAGCUGGAAUCAUUUUUUCAAAUAUGUAUUUUACAAAAUGCAAGCAGUUGUUGUUGUUUCAAAGAUUAUAAUUGGCUACCACAAGGUAAAACCCUCCACAUAGUUGAUGGUCUUGUUGAAGAAAUAAAAUGUCUAAUGGGCACAACAUUAAGUAAAGCUUUUGCCCAGUUUUAUGUUCAUCAUUCAGCAGAAAUUAAAUCAUUUUUAGCGUCAUAUCUUAUGAACAUUGAACACAAUGAAGAAGUACUUCAAGAAAAAUUAAAUAUUUUUGGCAACUUGACUUGAAUUUAAUUAAAAUUGUUUAUCCAUAAUUAUAUUAAUAUAACUGUA